GUAGGCAUCCUCUUCGCUCGGUUUCCUCUCUUUCACUUCAGGAGGGGCAAGGAGAUAGUUCAGACAGACGGGGGAGCUCCAACCAGAUAGACUUGUGGAGAGUUUUUUAUGUUAAAAACGGAGUUUGUCAGGGAGUGUGCACACAAGUUGGGCCAGUUUUAUUUUAAGAAGGGAAUGAGCGUGUUUUCCGUGGAAGCUUUUUGCACCAUUACCGGUUUGGAGGAGGCGGCGGAUACAGCAGCAGCGCCAAACUCACAAUGCGCCCUGAGUGAGUGAGCAGAGGCAGAGAGACAAUACCGAUCCACGGGCUCACCGAGGAGCUGCACCCCUCAUCUGGGCUCUCCGGUUCCCUCGUUAAUCCGGUUGAUAGCGGUGGCGCUCCUAGCCGUCUGCGGCCACUCAGAUCCGGGUAGUUUGCAGAGAUUUGACUUUACAGAUAAAGAGAGAGAGAGAGGACGAGCGGUCUGAUCCCAAAACUCAACCAUGACGUCUCCAGCCAAAAUCCGAAAGGACAAGGAGAUCGUGGCCGAAUACGAGACUCAAGUUAAAGAGAUCCGUGCCCAGCUGGUGGAGCAGCUCAAGUGUCUGGACCAGCAGUGUGAGCUGAGGGUGCAGCUGCUGCAAGACCUGCAGGACUUUUUUAGAAAGAAGGCAGAAAUUGAAAUGGACUACAGCCGGAACCUGGAGAAGCUGGGUGAGAGGUUCCUCACAAAGACGCGCGGCACCAAGGACCACCUGCUCAAGAAGGAGCAAGUCAUUUCCUCUCCACUGAACUGCUGGAACCUGAUGCUGCUUCAGGUGAAGAGGGAGAGCCGUGACCACGCCACUCUGUCCGACCUCUACCUCAACAACAUCAUCCCCCGGUUUGCACAGAUCAGCGAGGACUCGGGACGCCUCUUCAAGAAGAGUAAAGAGGUCGGAGUGCAGUUGCAGGAGGACCUGUUGAAAGUUCUCAAUGAACUUUACACAGUGAUGAAAACGUACCACAUGUACAACACUGACAGCAUCAAUGCAGAGUCCAAGCUGAAGGAGGCGGAGAAGCAGAUGGGACGCUCCAGUCGACAGGAAGACCGCCAGACGCCGCGCUCUCCCGACACCCUGGCCAGCAUCAAGAGCGAUGAGAAAGUCGUCCGACGUUCCAGCGUCAAAAAGAUUGAGAAGAUGAAGGAGAAGAGACAAGCUAAGUACACGGAGAACAAGCUGAAGGCCAUCAAGGCCAGGAACGAGUACCUGCUUGCUCUGGAGGCCACCAACAGCUGUGUCUUCAAAUAUUACAUCCACGACCUUUCUGACAUCAUCGAUUGCUGUGACCUGGGCUACCAUGCUAGCCUGCACCGCGCCCUGAGGACCUACUUAUCUGCUGAGCAGAAUGUGGAGACGUCCAAACACACGGGCCUGGAGACACUGGAAGGAGCAGCAGAAAUUCUGGAACCCAACGGGGACAAACAGAAACUGAUGGAGACCUACAACAACAUCUUCUGUCCACCGGCUCGCUUUGACUUCCAGUCCCACAUGGGAGACACGAUGGGUGUGAUGUGUGCGCAGCCGCCAGUGGAAGAGGACCUCCUCCAGAGGUUUCAGCAGCUGCAAUCUCGUCUCUCCACGCUUACAAUUGAGAAUGAAGAGGUGAAGAAAACCAUGGGAGCCACUCUGUCCACCAUUCAAGACAUGGUGACAGUGGAGGACUACGACGUCUCUGAGUGCUUCCACCACAGCAACAGCAUGGAGUCGGUGAAGUCCACUUUCAGUGAGUCGUACCUGAGCAAGCCCAGCCUGGCCAAGAGGCGGGCCAAUCAGCAGGAGACCGAGCAGUUCUACUUCACAAAGCUCAAGGAGUUCCUGGAAGGAAGAAGCCUGAUCACCAAGCUGGAGGCCAAGCGUGACCUAAUCCAGAAGACGCUGGGAGAGAGUCAGAAAACUGACUGUUGUCUUGCCAGUGGAAGGAGAAACUCAACCGUACAGAAGCAGGACUCAGGUGAAGCCAUUCCGCUGAUGGUUGAUUGCUGCAUCCGCUUCAUCAGUCGCCAUGGUCUUCAGCACGAGGGCAUCUUCAGAGUGUCUGGCUCUCAGGUGGAGGUCAAUGACAUCAAGAACGCCUUUGAGAGAGGGGAGGACCCGCUGGCAGGGGACCAGAAUGACCAUGACAUUGACUCCAUAGCCGGUGUGCUGAAACUCUACUUCAGAGGACUUGAGGGCGCCCUCUUCCCGAAGGAAGUCUUCCAUGACCUCAUAUCUUGUGUCUCAAUGGAGAGCCUUCAGGAGCGGGCGGUGCACAUCCAGAAAGUUCUCCAGGCUCUGCCGGGUCAAACCCUCAUCAUCAUGAGAUACCUGUUUGCCUUCCUCAACCACUUGUCUCAGCACAGCGAGGAGAACAUGAUGGACCCCUACAACUUGGCCAUCUGCUUCGGCCCCACCCUGAUGUCUGUUCCCGAAGGCCACGACCAGGUUUCCUGCCAGGCUCAUGUCAACGAACUCAUCAAGACCAUCAUCAUCCACUAUGACACCAUCUUCCCCGGGCCGCAGGAGCUGCAGGGCCCCGUCUACUCCGUCCCCGGGGCAGGAGAUGACUUCUGUGACAGCCCACACUGUGAGCCCCCCCACGUGGAAGAGCCGGCGCCCGACUCUGUCUCUGUCGGCCACAAUAGUGACGACGGCACGUUGGCUGUUUCAGAGUCUGACCCAGUUGAAGCCAUCGCUCGGUUUGACUACACCGGCCGCACCAGUAGGGAGCUGUCGUUCAAAAAGGGCGCUACUCUGCUUCUGUACCAGCGGGCCUCUGACGACUGGUGGGAGGGGCGGCACAACGGGGCAAAUGGACUGGUGCCACACCAGUACAUCAUUAUUCAAGACGGAUCCGAGGCGGAACGAGGAAGUCCAAAGCUGGAAUCGGACAAUAGAGACCUGCUGGAGGAGAGGGUGUCAAACCGAGGCAACCCCGCCUCCCCCACAGGACCUCAUGUGGCGGACAUCUACCUGGCCAACCUCAACAAGAUGAGAAAACGCCCAGAGCCCGGGAAUUUACGAAGGCCGUUCCGCUCAGAGAGCGACGGUACCGGUCUGGGAGCCAGCAGCAAUGGAGGAGGAGGUGUUAGGGCAACUCCUCCUCCUGGUGGAUCUCUGGUUAAAGACACCGGAGACAAGCGACCUGUCAGCGCUCACAACAUCCUCAACUCUGUCACUCGUCACUCUUCACUCAAAACAAAGGUGGAGAGUCCACAGUUAAAGAAAACAACUACAGCUGGGCGCUCCAAGAGCUUCAGCAACCACAGACCACUGGACCCUGAGGUCAUAGCCCAGGUGGAGCACAGCUCACAGGACUCGGCCUUGAGUGAGCUCAGUAAGUUUGAAAGGCAGAGCACCUCCAAACACACCCCCGAUGUGGUUCUGGACACACUGGAGCAGCUGAAAGGCAUGAGUGGAGGAGGAGGAGGAGGUGCUUCGGAGCCUUCCAGCCCUCUGCACUCCCGCCUGCUACGGGACGGUGAGGGCGUCUCCUCGCAUCUCCAUCCCCUUCAGCGCAGCGCCUCUUCAGCCAGCGACGUGCCAUCGUCCUUCCGCCCCGCUAAGAGCCAGCCACGGAGCCCCCUGCCCUCUGCCACCUCCCCGUCUUUAUCCUCCUCUUCUCUCUCCUCCUCUGUACCUUCCUUUAGAGAGCUGCGCCCCCCAGUGACGAGACCCAAACCUGUGGUGUUCCCAAAGAGCGGAGGAGGGGCUGGGAGUCCGGCAAUGGGCUCUCCGACUUCCACUGUUCCCCCCACACCACCUCCUCCUCUUACAAGCCACACACACCCUCUCCCUCACACACCUCCUCCUCCACCUCCCCCCCAAUCUGACAAGUCCUGUCCAGCCUAAAGCCUCUGGGUUCCUCCUAAAACCGUUACUCUAACAAUCUUUAACAUCUCUUUUAACCAGUGCCAAAAGCACUUCUCCUUUUUCACGUGGGACCCAUAACCCUCAUGCGGCAUUUACCUUUAAGUGAUGAUAUUCUGCCAUCUUGUGGCAACUCUGCGUUACUACAGCUCAAUCAUCACAAGGUGAAAAACAUUCCUAUUUUGCCACCGCAGCAAUUACUAAUACAUCUUUAAUAAAGGAACAGGAUUCAGGGUGGGCACGAACAGAUCCGAAACACCUUUAAUCUUAAAAAACACUAGUUUUGAACAGAAAUUGCCUUUGAGUGGGGACGUAAGAGUGUUGUUUGCCUUUUCAUGAAGAACAAAAACAAAAAAACUGUUUGAGUUUUGUGUAAAAGACAUGACAGGGUUAUUAUUUUCCUUAUUUUGAAUGAGCCCAUGACCAGCAGAUCAGAUGGGAGUGUGAUGAUAGAUUUGUGAUGACAGACUGUGAACAACUCGGCUCACUGACUUGCUGCUACAGAGGAAAAGAGAAAAUGGGCCAAAUACCAGUGUGAGUCAUGUGAUCAAAAGCUUUACUUUAUCUUAUCUUCUUUUUUUUCAUUUACUCAUUUCGCAGCAGGAGCAUAAAAUAUGGCCGAUGGUAAUUCUAAAUGAAUAUAGCAAUAAAACAUAAAAAAACAGGUUUUGUGGCAUUGUGCUGCUUUUUAUGCCGCUCUGCUACUUGUGUAGGGGAUCACUGAAGCCCAGCAUUUUUAUAUGAGAUAUUACACACACAGUGUUUUCUAAAUGUGUGUGUGUGUGUUUUUAAGGCAGCUAGACGCCUGUCAGGUUUUCAUUGCGCGCUGGGACCGUACACAGCAGCCACAGUAACAACUGGAGAAUGAAUUAGAUUUAUUUUAACGAUAAAACAACUUCAAAAAGAAUAACACUUUGCUCCUUUUGACUAUGUACACCAUAAUUAUGAAUAAAAAUUUUUACUUAAUAUAAUACUGAUAAAAACUGGAAGCAUGCAGCUGAGGAUCCUCUUGAGUGUGUGUAGAUAAAAGCACAACCAGCCACCUCAUCCUAUCUUUUAUUUUAUGAGUUUUUCCUAACUUUAUGCCAAGAAUCUGUGUAAAUCUGGUCCCAUAUGGACUGUUAUACAUGUUUGUAUGCACAUCCAUGGAUAGAGUAUGAAUGCACCUUCCUGAGUUCUGCCUAGGCAGCAUAAAUAGAUGCUACAUCAAGGCAUUUGUUCCGAGAUGCACAGGAAAGUAGUUUUCCCCGUGUUCAGCAGCUUGAAGUGCUGAAAAAAAACAUGCACUGGGUACAUGUGAUCUGAUACCUGAGAUGUUGUCUUCAGUCUACGUUUUCACAACACCUGUUCUUUGUCUGCUUUUCUCUUUAUAGAAAAAGGGAAAACCAAAAACGUCUGAUCUGAUUUGCUUUUUAAUCAUAUCUGCAUGUGAAACUCUCCGCAAACACAUUCUAAACCACAUGCUAAUAAAUGCAUUUUUUGGCCACUUUGACAUGUUUUUCUGUGCAAGUUAUAAAAAGUUCUUUAACCAAUGGAGAUGGCUUCCUGAACAGCCUCUGUUUGAAGAGAUAGUGUAUGUCCUUCUUGACUGAUGAGCUAACAACUACAUAAGAUCAAAGUGUAUUGCUGCUGCCUUAAAUCAGUUCCGAUCUGUUAAAUUUUAUUUACUAAACAUGUAUACCACGGUCGGUCUUACUUUUUUAUUUUGGCAUGUUAAGUAACCCCAGCCAGAUUUGACCCCUGGAGGCACCAGAAUAGUUGUAUUUAAAUGUUUCUGGUGAUUGUAAAUAGCCAUAAAAAGUCCCGUUAAAAACUAAUGUCAAAUAUUAAAAGUAAAUCUCUAUGAAGAUGUUGGGAGUAGUUUCAAGAUGGCACCAAUCCACUUUUGCCUUGCUUUUUUUUCUUUUCUUUUUUUUUUUGCGUGGAACUAGCCAUUAGCUCAUUAGUCCUGUUAGCAUAAUCACCAUUUAUCUCAACAGAGGCUGUUCAGAAAGUCGUUAUUUAUAACUUUAACAAGAAACACUAAAAAUAGCUGAAAUACAUGUUCAAGGGCAAACUGAAUAAAACCUCUUUUUUUUUUUUUACUUUAUCUUCUUAAAGCAGAAAACAGUACCCGAUACCGUUUUCCCUUUUUUGAGUUUGACCACAUUUUUACUUAACCUUGCGCUGCAAGAUGAAUUCCUCGUGAGAUUUGGACUUUUCCAAACUCAGGAGACUGUAGACUCAACAUGGGGCGGGGCUACACAGAGAUCUGCCUGCCGCCAGGAUACAUUUGACUACCCCUCCCUCUGACCCUCCAGCAGUCUGCAUCCCUGUAAUAAAACUGUAAAUGUCAACUUUUUUAUCUUUGUAUAUUUUUCUUGUUGUAUUUUAUGUUGUUCUUACCUCAACACGACAACUGGAGGGAUUGUGUGUGUGGUUGUGUGUGCUUGUUCGUGCCGCUUUCACUUACACACACAGACACAACGAUGUGCAUGUGAGUGGUUAGUGUGUGUUUGUCCCGCUUGUGGGACCUUCUCUGAUCUCAAUCAUUAUGCACUUGAACAACUUGGCCUGCAUGUGGACUGAACUAACUGUGUGGGGAUGAUACGUUAGAGUUGAAUAUUGUUAAAUAUGCAUUUUGUGUCCAUUUGGAGAAAAAAACUGAACUAAAAGACAAGAAACCUGACUGUAAUGUCAAAUCUAUUUAUAGUUGUCUCUGUAUUACUGGAGAAUCCUGUGUUCAGAUGUACUUUGUAUAUACAAUGUUGUACAUUACAGAGGUACACUUUUUUUGGUACAAUAUUGUACAGUAAUAGCAAUAGUAGUUUAAUCAAAUAGGCCUUAUAUAUAAUUCGGUGUAGUUCAUGUAGUAGAUCUGUUUUUAAUAAACAUGGCUUGCUAUAAAAGUGUUA